AUGGACGCCCCGCUCUCGUCGCCCACUCACCAGCAAGCCCAACCCCCGACCAACUGGCCGCAGACGCAGGCGGCCAAGGGGAGCUUCGGCGCCAUUCCCCCGCCCCCCGCCCCCAGGGACGUACCAAUGAAGAAUCCCUCGACCGACACGUUCCUCAAGGACUUCACGCUGGUUGCUGAGGCUGCCAAGCGCGCGCAGGUGGCUGUCAUGAUCAGGGAUCUCGAGAACGUUGGGCUGUCAUAA